UAUUUCAGUUCAUUUUUUGCCCUCUCUCAGUCAUUGGCUUACAUUCUCUCCCAGCAUUUGCUGCUGAGUGCUUUAAAAUGUUCAACUAAAGAUCCGUUUUUCCAUAUAUUAAUACCUUACACACAGGACACAGGUGUUUUCACUUAUUCUGGCUGAUUAGCUCUCCUCUCAUGCUGACACUGGACAGAGCUAAUUUGGGAAUUUGCUGAGCUGUUGUCAAACUCAGUGUGUUAAUGGACUACAGGUGUUUCCAUGAAUACAUCUCAAGUCUCUUAUAAGACUAGUCCUUGAUCCAGUCAACCGAGGUCCAAGGUCAUUCCAAAGGUGAAUCCCAGUUCCCUCAUUCUAUUAUUCCUUGGUCCUCAAGCCUUGCUUGACCUGAAAGUCAUUCCAUUCUGCCAUGAUGAAAGACGUCCAAAAGCUCUUAUUUCUGUAGCUAGGAGACUGCCCGAAGAAGCUAUGACCGAGGAUACAUGAGUGCAUUUUUCGUGGAAGGCUGUUACGGAUUGCUUUAUUGGAAAUCAGUUUGUGAUUGGACAAUUCACAUAAAGGACCAGAGAAAAGGACGCCUCAUGUCAGUUAAAUUGUUUCUCCCCGGUACCUCUCUCCUUGCACCUUUUCUUUCCAUCUUAACCCAUCCUUCAUGGAAUUUGUUUGUGAACUGACACGUCCCUUUAUCAGAAAUCAAUUGGUGACUGAACGGUUCAGAUGAAGGAUCAGAGGAAAGAAUGUCUCGUGUCAUUAAUAACGUGUUUCCUUGAAUCUUCUCACUUCAUAUGUUUUCCUCACAUCUUAAGUGGGCGGGACUAAGACAAGGAAAAGAUGGAGGUGAAAGAAACGACGGUGCUUAUAAGAGAUUUGGGAUGUACCUCGUGAAAUCUCUCACAUGAAGGUGGCUCCUGUGAGGUUUCUUGCGUUUUUAUAACUGAUAAAGCGCUUUACUGAGAUUAUUGUACAGAUGGUAAAACCCCUUGGGCCAAACUAGUGAUAUUGGGCUUUAUCAGUAAAACUGACUUGUUGUCACAGUCAUUCCCUCUAAAUGGCGAACAGGUUUUCAGUGAAAACUCUCCUGGACCGUUCCUGUUUUGAGACAAUAGAUGACUCAUCUCCAGAGUUCAUUAACUUCGUUUCCAUCCUGGAGCACAUCCUCAGUCAUCGACUCAAAGGUCAGACAACUUGGUUUGGCUAUGAGAGUCCUCGGAGUUUCUGGGAUUACAUAAAAACUGCCUGCAGUAAAGUCCCCCAUAACUGCAUCCGAAGCAUCGAGAGCAUGGAAAAUGUGCGAUCAUCAAGAGCUAAGGGCAGGGCGUGGAUCAGAGUGGUCCUGAUGGAAAAAAGACUGUCAGAAUACAUCUCGUCUGCACUGAGGGACUUGAAAACCACUAGGGGGCUUUAUGAGGAUGGAGCAUUCAUGCUGGGAGAAGAGGCAGGGCUGUUAGCAGACACGCUUAUUGGACUCAACACUAUAGACUUCAGCUUCUGUCUCAAAGGGGAGGGUCUGGACGGCAGCUGUCCCGCUGUGAUCGACUACACGCCUUACCUGAAGUUCACUCAGAAUGCAGACAGUAUCAGCAGUGACGAAGAGGAGAUGAGGACUCUGGGGAGCAGUGGCAGUGAGAGCAGCACCCCCGACAAAGCAGCCACCGCUGCCUCCAUCUUCACCGAGCAGAGCAAGUUGGUCAGCAAGUGUAAACGCUUUGAGCAGAAGUAUCGCAUGGCGCUGGAGCAGAAGGGUUACCUGGAAGAGCUGGUCCGUCUACGAGAAGCCCAGCUGUCGGAGGCCGUGUCUCACAACAGGGCUCUUCAGCAGAGCUUAGCAGACACACACCUUUCCCACACACUGGAGAAAGAACAGCUUGAGUACAUCAUACUAGAAUUACAGGACCAACUGACCGUGCUGAAGAACAGUGAUUUGCGGUCCAGACAGGAGCUGACAACCCAUCUGACCAAUCAGUGGCCGUCUCCUGGCGCCUUGGAUGCCAACGCUGUUGCCUUGGGCACGCUGCUGUACACAAAGAACACAGGACAGUGGGAGGAGAAGAGUUUCCAGAGUCUGGAGCAGCUGUCGAUAGACAUGAACCUUUCUCAGACUUCUCUUGAACCAUCACACACACUGGGUCUGGAGGCCAGGCCAACUAACACACAGUGGCCUCACCAAGGUAAGGAGGAAACGCUUUCUCUCAGAGGUCUCUGCGGCUCUCUGACCUCUGUUGCGAGCUACAAGUCUCUGGCCAGUCUGAAGUCUGAGUGUUUGCCCAGUCCUGCAACGGAGGUCAGCAGCCCGGGCAUCACCCCUUCUUAGGGGAUGAGGAGCUUAAUAAAAAAGAAAGGAAAAAUGGAUCACCUGCAGGGCCAGACAAUCCAGGAACUUUCUCAAUGUAGGUGACACUGAUUUGCUGUUUGUAGAGGUUUAUGCUCUGUAUGUGCAGCUCAGAGCUUUAACAGAUUGGACAUCGGGUUUGCAAGCUGAGAAUCUGGUGUAGCAUGUGCAUCCUCAGACCAGCUCCGUCAGACCAUACGAUGUCUUAAUAAUGUAUCUUACAGUUGAAAUACUGCUCAAUCUGACUGCAUAGGUCAGGAAGCUGUAGUCCAUUAGUGUGUUUGAUUUUUGUUGGUGUUUUUACCUGAGGGGCAUCAUUUCUUUUCAUUCCUGUUAACAAAUUAAGACAGAAGGUUGAUCUAUGUCACUUCAUAGUAACGAGAAGACAGUGAUGAGUUAUGUUAUCACCCCUCACUAACGUGGCUUUUUAGGAGAUAAUAGCAUGCUGAAAAAUACAAACUGUAGAUAAAAAAAAAACUGAAUACUGAGGCUUUUCCCUGCAGCUGAAAGGGACUUUUAAUAUCCUGUGUUACUGCAGCCACUGAAUCCAUUAAAAAAAAA